GAGAUAUUUAGGCAGAAAACACCAAAACCCUCCGUCCAAGGGGUUUUCUAUUCCUCAAGCUCCUUCUCCUCUAUUCUCCACACUCUUCUGUUCCUCUCAGCUUAAUUGAGAACCUCAGUUUCACUGAAACAAGGUCUCUUGUUAGGUAAGAAGGAAACAAUCACUGAUUGAGAAUCAAGAUGGCUACUUACGUUUCACCGUGUUUUACUCCUUCCGACACUCGUCUCCUCGCUGUUCUUAGAAAGAAUGUAUCACCUUUAGGCAGAUCACACUCCUUGAAGAUGACUGAGAGUAAGAAAAACGGGUCCUUUGUUGCUGCUGCUCAGAGAUCUGAAUCUUCUCCAAGGCAUUCCCAUAGCCAAGACCCUUUCUUAAACCUCCACCCUGAGAUAUCCAUGCUCAGAGGAGGAGGAGGAGGAGGAGCCAACACAGUACCCAACCCCAGGAAAGAAACUAGUUCUGUGGUUCCUGUCACCGAGGACUUUGACGAGCCCUCUGCUCCUAGUGGCUAUAAUGAGGCGAGGAUUAAAGUUAUUGGCGUGGGAGGUGGUGGAUCAAACGCUGUGAACCGUAUGAUAGAGAGCGAGAUGAUGGGAGUAGAGUUCUGGAUUGUGAACACUGACAUUCAAGCUAUGAGGAUGUCUCCUGUUUUGUCUGAGAACAGGCUGCAGAUUGGUAAGGAGCUGACUAGAGGUUUAGGUGCUGGAGGGAAUCCGGAGAUUGGUAUGAACGCUGCUAAGGAGAGUAAAGAAGCUAUUGAAGAGGCUCUUUAUGGCUCAGACAUGGUCUUUGUCACAGCUGGAAUGGGAGGUGGGACUGGUACUGGAGCAGCUCCUGUGAUCGCUGGAAUCGCUAAAGCCAUGGGGAUACUGACUGUUGGUAUUGCCACAACGCCGUUCUCGUUUGAGGGGAGAAGAAGAGCGGUGCAGGCUCAAGAAGGGCUUGCUUCACUGAGAGACAAUGUUGACACUCUCAUUGUUAUUCCGAAUGAUAAGCUGCUUACGGCUGUCUCUCAGUCUACUCCUGUGACGGAGGCUUUUAAUCUAGCUGAUGAUAUACUUCGCCAGGGAGUUCGUGGGAUCUCUGAUAUCAUCACGAUUCCUGGUUUGGUGAAUGUGGAUUUUGCUGAUGUGAGAGCUAUAAUGGCGAAUGCAGGUUCUUCAUUGAUGGGGAUAGGAACUGCAACAGCAGGGAAGAGUAGGGCAAGAGAUGCUGCACUGAACGCAAUCCAGUCACCGUUGCUAGAUAUUGGCAUUGAGAGAGCCACUGGGAUCGUUUGGAACAUCACUGGUGGAACCGACUUGACAUUGUUCGAGGUAAAUGCUGCUGCGGAAGUUAUAUAUGAUCUUGUUGAUCCAACUGCUAAUCUUAUAUUCGGAGCUGUUGUGGAUCCAUGCCUCACCGGUCAAGUGAGCAUAACUCUCAUAGCAACGGGUUUUAAGCGACAAGAGGAAGGAGAAGGAAGGGCGGCUCAGAUGGCACAAGCAGAUACUGCCUCAACUGGAGCUACAAGAAGACCUUCUUCCUCCUUUAGAGAUGGUGGUUCGGUGGAGAUUCCAGAGUUCUUGAAGAAGAAAGGCAGCUCUCGCUAUCCUCGAGUCUAAUAAGUCUGAGAUAUAUGAUCACUAUCUGCAGAGCAACGUUGUCUCUUUGAGAUUACAGGAAGAUGUUUUGAUGUAUGAUCAAGAUUUGUGUGGGUGUGUAAUGAUGCCUACCUGCUGUGCUAUUAUGAUGAUUUGUUAUGUGAUGUGAUCAAUAGGUUUUUGUUUUAGAGAUGUGAUAUUAUGAUGAUUUGUUAUGUGAUGUCUCUUUGACUUCAAAAAAUAAAACAAAAGUCUCUUAUGUAUGAA